CGGCGAGAUCGAUGUCCGCGUCGAGUUCGCCCCCGACAAGGGUGGCGGAGACAGCGGGUUGAUGACUGUUUUCGUCGAUGAUUUUGGCGAGGGGAUGACGCGCGACAUCAUCGAGACAAAGCUCACGCGCCUGUUCAGCUCUGGCAAGGAUGACGACUACACGAAGAUCGGCCGCUUCGGCAUCGGCUUCGUCUCCAUCUUCGCCAUCGAUCCUCACGCGGUGUGCGUGGAUACGGGGCGAGGCGGUGAAUACUGGAGGGUGCUCUUCAAGCAGGAUCGCACCUUCGAUCUGAUCCGCAUGGAUCAACCCGUCGAGGGCACGCAGAUCAGGAUCUUCAAGCAGAUGACGAGCGCGCAGGUCGACACCUUUCGACGGCGCACGCGCGAGGUCAUCACCUACUGGUGCAAGCACGUGCAUGUCCCGAUUUAUGUCGAGGGCGAGCAGGUCAACCAGGACUUCGACAUCGAGUCCGACUGCAAGAUCGUUCACGAGGAAGAGGGGACGCGUGUGGUGAUGGGAUUUGUCGACUCAUCGCAGGGGCCUUAUGGGUUUUACAACCGCGGGCUGACGCUAAAGGAGGGCGAGGAAGGAGAGUGGCCGCAUAUCGCGCUCAAGAUCGACUCGCGCUACCUCGAGCACACGCUCACGCGCGACCAGGUCCUCAAGGAUCGCCACUAUCACAAGGCUCAUCGCUUGCUCGAGACGAUGGCCACCGAGCAGCUCCCCGAGCAUCUCCUGACGCUCCUCGAGAAGAAGGCGAAGGGGGUCCGCGCCGUGGAGGAUGACGCGCACGCAUCCCUGCUAUGGCACCUCGUGCGGUGGGUGCGCAGCAAGGGAAAUUUCGAGCAACGCCGACGCGAGAUCAUCCCCACGCUCUACGCGCAACCUGUCUCGGUCCACGAGUGCGGGCGACGUCAAAAGAAGGGAGAGUUCCUCGUCGCGCCGAGGCGCACACACCUCACGGACGCGCUCCAACCGCAGCACCUGAUCGUGGUGGCCGAGCCAUCGACGGUCAAUGACCCGCUCUGGGCCUUGCUCUCCCUGUGCCUCGAUGCUCGCCCGAGGAUCGUGAACGACGUCUGGGUGCUGCCCACGACGAGUCUUCAGGAUCGCGCGCCGGGCGCCGACGCGCUCAAGCAAAAGCUCGCGAGCCUUAUCGGCGGUCUCGGCGGCGCGUGCGAACAGAUCGUGUUGAUGGACUUCGACUACCUGGAGUCUGGACGCUCUCCGAUCCGCGAUCGCCUCGGGAGGUCGCUCAUGAAUCAACUCGAUGACCUGCUCGCGGGGCUCUCCGCUGAAGGCGCGCUCGAGGCGCGCCGUGAGUUCCAGAUCGACAGCGCCAAGGCCCGAGAGAAGCUGCAAAAGUUCCAGCUCGAAGAUCCUCACUUCUACGUGCUCGAGCUGGUACAGGCUGCGCACUUGCUCGGCGCGACCGAGAUCCGUUUCACGAUCGACGCCGACGAGAUGGAGGUGUUCUUCGAUGGGGAUGCGCUCACGCGUCUGGAGCUCGAGGAGCUCUACUCCGCGGCGUUCGCGAAGCUCACGGACAGGCGCAAGCAGGCGAUGCGGCACCUGGCCAUCGGCUUUAACGCCGCGCAAGCAUUGCUCCCCUCGAAGAUCGAGCUCCAGGUGGCCGAGGACGUGAACUCGGGGUCGCUUCUGCUCGUCUCGCGCCCGGGGCAGGAGCGCGACGAGAUCACCGAGGUCGAAGGUCCAGCGGGGUUUGUAGGCACCCGCGUGUACCUGCGCGAGAGCUUUCGCACAGGUCACCUGGUCGAGUUCUUUCAUAACCUGAAGGGGAGCCUGGCCGAGAAGACCGCGCUGCGCGAGCGCUGUUUAUAUUCGCAUAUCCCGGUGUUUCUCGAUGGCGAGCAGAUCUCCACAGGGCAUCAGCUGCCAGAGGACGUGCUCGGCGCGCACCCGUUCAGGACCGAGCAGGAGCGAGGGAUGUUGGGGAUUUACCCCAACAGGUCGGCGAGCACGCUCUCCAUUCUCCAGAACGGCGUGCUCGUGACGACCGUUCAUGCCCCGAGCGGGAUCGUGAACACGGUCGCCGUGGUGGAUUCUCGACGCCUGAACAAGAACCUCUCGCAGAGCGCCUUUGUCGAGGACAAGCAGUGGUCGUAUUUGCUCGGUCAGGUGCUGCGGCUCGAGAUGUAUGAGGCUCUGGCGCGCUACUUCGAGGAGGUUUACAUCAUCGAUUCCAGGGGGGUGUUCAAGGCUGCUCCUGUCGAUUGGGUGGUCGAUAUUAUCCAUACGAUCGCUGCCGAGAUUCCGCUGUAUCGUGAACGCUCCAUCCCGCUCCCCGCUCAGACCGUGCGCCUUAUCGAGCUGCUCGAGCGCUGGCAGUGCAUCCAGCUCUCGCACAAGCUCGAAGAUGACUCCAUCGCGUCCGAGGAGAACAAGAUCUCGAUCGGGCAGCUCCGUGAAUUACUCGGCGACCGCCGCACGAUCACCUUCAGCGUGCUCUGCUUCGACAAGCUCGAGGCGGAAGCGCUCUCACCGGUGAUCCUUGGCAAUGACUCGACGAUCGAUUGGUUGCGUCAGUGGUUGGGGUUCCCGCUCAAGGACGUGAGCGUACAACUGAAUACGAUGAACCACCGUCGUAUAAACUACGAGCGUUGGCAGUCACAGCCGUUGCGCUCUGGAGCGUUGCUCGCGACGCGAUAUCGCAUCCGGGUGCCGUUCGAUUGCGGUGAUGGUGUCGAGGGCGUGUGGGCGAUCGAUCCUAACGAGUGGAGUAACGCAUACACGACCUCCCAUUCCGGCUGCCGGAUCACCUUUAUCAAGGAUGGUCGCGUCUUCUCGAGGCGCGAGUUCGAUGCUCCGUUCUUCAAGGGGUCGAACCUCGUCUUCAAGGGGGAUAUCGAAGCGAACGAUCUCUUCGAUGGCCCUCGAGAGGACGCGGCGAUGUUCGCGCGCUACCUCAUCGCGCUCGAGCACUUCGCGAUCCUUCUCGACAAGCUCGCCGGAUACCUCAAUGAGGUUGGUUUUAACGACUACGGAUAUGGCUACUUUCUCUCGUUGAUCAGCGCGCAACUCUCCAAGGAUCUGGCGCGGCAGCUGCUCGACGAUAUGGGCGUUCCGGCGCGCGAGUUUCCACAGGAGCUCGCGCAGUGGAAGAUGAGGCAGCAGCGACAAAAGACCUUGUGGGGGUUAAAGCAGGAGGUGUUGGUGGACCGUGCCGGGCGCAUCGAGGCGCUCGGUGCCAUGGCGGAUAUCCCAUUCUACGAGGACUUCGAGGGCGACCGAUGUUCACUGCGAGAGAUCGCCAGUGAGAUCGACGCUCACGGUAAGAUCGGGGUCUACGAUGGCACGAUCACGCCCACGUUGAGAGAAGACUGGGACAGGGCCGAGCUCGAUCAACGCGUCUAUCUCAUCGGGCGAGGGCUCGAGAGCUCGGUGCUCAGUCAGGUCGUCAGCGCGCGCUAUUAUCGUUACAUGGGGCAGGUGAUCCGGCGCCAUGCGUUGGCCAACCGCUACCUGGAUCGAGACGAGGUUCCUGUCGCGCUCUCAUCACGAGUCCCAUUCGUUCUGGAAGGGGAUUACGCCUAUGGGCAGAACCGAGGUGUCUUCGGGUUGGUGCCCGCGAUCACCGCGCCGGGGUUGCAUGUGGGCGUCAGCGAGCCGAAGGCAAGGCCGCUGAUCAAGGUGAGGGUGCUCUACAAGCAACGUCUGCUUCAGGAGCUGGAGCUCGAGGUGGCGAUGGGGCAGUUCCACGUCGUGCUCGACGCGAUGGGGAUCAACCCGAACGCCUCGUGGGAUGCUGUGUUGGAGGAUAGCAACUGGUUGCUGCUGGUGAAGAACCUGAGAGAGCACGCCGCCGCCACGUUGCGCGCGCGCAUCUCGGACCUCUCAUCGCGGCUCACAGAGCUCGACUCCUACGAGUACUUCGAGCUCUGGAUCUACCUCUGGCAGGCCCAUGUCGCGCGUUUCCCUGGGGGGCGCGAGUACUUCUCGGAUAUGCGGAGGGUGCUCACCGAGCUCGCGGUCUUCGUGCUCCAUGAUGGGAGCAGGAUUUAUUACCCCGAGCUCUCGAGUCUGGUGCACAAGAGGCGCGAGCUGUACGUCGUCAAGAAGGGCGAAGAGGUGCUCGAUGCGCUGCUUCCGACGGGGCACGAGGUCAAGAUCCUGGUGGUGCCUGACUUACCUGAGAAGCACCUCGAGUACUGGCUCGGCGAGUUCAUUGAUAACAAGCACCUGCGCGUGAUCGAUGUGACCGACACGAGCGAGGCAAAGCAGGCGCUCGAGCACGCUCGAGCAUCCUACAUGAAGCGCUCCGAGCUCGCGUUGGAGCUCCCUGCCAAACCGGACGAGGUGAUCUUCGAUGUGGAGAUCGAGGGGAGCAAGAACAUCCGGGGACGGAUCGGGAUGCUCUUUGAUCCGAGGCCGAUGGAUAGCUACCCAGGCGUCGCGAUCGAGGUCCUGGUGCAUCGCAGGCGCGCGACGACGACCUCGCAGGAGCUCUUCCUCGGGAGGUUCACGUCGCGCAUCGAGAGCGAUGACGUCAUCCUGGCUGGUGACUACGAAAACGUCAUCCAGGACGAAGACUAUCGACAGGUCUUGAGGGAUGUGAGCGUGAUGACGCAGAACGCGUUGAUCGCACACCUCGAGCGGCACAUCGAGGAGGGGUGGAUCGCGUCUCCAAAGGAGCGCGAGCUGUUCGAGUCCUAUCUGGUGCGCGUGAGCCAGAUCCGAACGCCGUUGUCGCUAGGAGCACAGCAGAUCGUGACGUUGCUCAGGGAGCUGCCGCUCUUCGAGCUGCUCGAUACGUCCAGAGGGCGUAGGCUCGCGACUGGCCCUGCGGAUAAACCACCGUUCACGAGCCUCGACGAGCUCAGCUCGGUGACUGGCGAAGCCUUUAUCUGGGUCGAUAGCAAGAUGGGGCGCGAGCGGAUUCCUGAUGAGCUGGACAAUCCUGUGGUGGUCGUCCGGGAUAUGACGCAUCGCAGAAAGCUUGGCCCGGUGCUCGAUCGUCUUCAUAUCCCGGACCUCGCCAAUCAUAUCCGCAGGGUGGAAGAGGAUCGUCGUAAGGCGGAAGAGCGAGAGAGGAGGCGCCUCGAGCACCAGGCCGAGCGCGAGCGAGCAAAGGAGCGCGAGCGCCUCGAGCGCGAGCGUCUCGCCAGGGAGGCCGAGCGCAGAGCCCAGAACAGCGCCGCCAAAGAAGCGCUCGCCGAGCAACGAAGAGUCCGAGAGCAGCUCCGUCGGUCUCAGCUCGAAGAGGAUGAACGAGCCCUCCAGGGGGAUGGUAAGGAUAAAUCUGUCAUCGUCUCCAAUGAUAUGCCCUCCGUGGUCGUGGAUAAGGCAAAGGAGCGAGAGCUUCGAGCCAACCUCGUGUCAGGAGAGGGCGCCACUGGUGCAUCUGGUGGGCGACGCGAUACGGGGGAGUUGUUUACCGUGCGCCAGCGCGGGCCUGCGACGCCAAACCCGGCCCUGUUCUCAGGGGAGAGCUCGACGCAAAAUCCCGAGCAGGUUCCGGCGCCAGCGCCUGAGCCAGAGCCAGCGCCGCCAGAUCCUGCGGAGUUGCUGCUCGAGGAUGUCAUCGCGCAGCUCAAGCGGGUGAGAGGAAAUCGCUCGGACCUGGUGGGUGAUCCGAUCCUCUCGAGGUUGAGCGUGAUCGAUCGUUUGCCGGGGGAUGUGGUCGCUGACGUGAGCAAGAGCGAUGUGAAAGUAUCCAGAGCGCAUAUGGCGAUGUGUUACGCGCUCGAGGUCUCUGAUGAUCCUGUGGCCCUCGCGUUCCUCUCUUCGAGCGUGUAUUCGGCGAUCAACCUCUACUACGAGAAGAUCACGGACGCGGACGAGUUGGUGUUCCAGGAGAGGAUGUUGUCGGCGUUGCUGGAGAGUUCUCAUUGA